AUGACGGAGCAUCAAAACAGUGCAGUGGAUCCAAGAAUCCCGGUGCUGAAGGGCGAGACCCUCAAGGAUUUCACGAGGUACAAGCGCGCCGUGCAGGCGGCGGAGCUGAGCUGCGAGACGGAGGAUCAACUACAAGCGCUCGGCCCCAAGCUGUAUAGGAACCUGCUCGGCGCGGACAACAGUAUCAGCGUGCUCAUCGAGCAGACGGACCCCAAGGACUACGCGAAGAAGGAGGGGGCCCGAGCGCUGCUGGCAUACUUGGAGGCACAGCGCUUCGCCAAGAGCAGUUUUCGGGAGCUGCCGAAGGCAUUCGACGCCUUCUUCGAUCAGACGCACUUCGAGCGGAAAGGCGAGGAACCCAUGGCGGCGUUCUGCACGGCCAUGGAGGUUGCCAAGCGUAACCUAGAGGAGGUGGACCCGGACACGAAGAUAAGCAGCAAUGAGCUAGGGUACCACACUCUGAAGCGAAGCGGCCUCGACAAGGACGAACGCAAUCUGGUGAUUGCACGGGCGGAGGAGACGUUUAACUUCCAGAAGAUCAGCAUGACGCUGAAGAACCUCUUCCCACGCGGCAGCGCGAAGCACCGGGGACAAGUCAGAUCGGGCUGGAGAUGGACGAUGAACACCGAAGAGGAGCCACCCGACGAAGAGGAUCCAGGAGAAUACUGGGUGCAGGACGAUGACGGAUACUGGUAUGAAUGGGACGAUGAGCGUGGAAUCCACGUGUGUACGGACGAGGGUGACGACAACGGCUGGGACUGCAGCGACCUGUUCUUCAUCGAGGACGACGCGGACACGUUCCUGGCCGACGAGGACGACGACUACCGCAGGGCCCUCGUCACACUGCGCGAGAGCCGCCUGAAGAUGAACAAGCUUCGGGCUGCUCGCGGGUUCUUCAAGGGAAGAAUCGACGGAGUCGUGGACGAGAGCGCGGCUGCUGGUGGCAAGGCGGCCGGACGAAGUUUCUCCAAAGGCAACCCUGGCAAAGGAAAGGACAAGGGUAAGUCAAAGGACAAGAGGUGCACCAACUGCGGCCGGAUGGACCACGACACGGCGAACUGUCCAACUGGCGGCUCUACUGGCAAGACGGGCAAGCCCAAGGGCCGCGGCAAGGGACCGAAGGGAGUUCAACGACCACGACGCUACGGCUUCUGGGCAAUGACGACCCUGGUCUGCGCCGUCCCGGCGUGCGUGAACUUCGUGGGUCAGAUGACCGCUGUGGGCGAGCUGGCCGACAGCGCCGCGGUGCAGACCGCUGAGGACGUCUACGACAUCAUGACGGUGAGCGUGGAUAGCGAUCCGAUCGUGCCGGAGAGGCUCGAGUUGGAGGUGCUGGUUUCGAAGGAGGCCGUGCCGGCAGCCCUGGUGGACAGCGGCGCGUCGGUGGCGGUCGCCGGGCGCGGCUGGCUUGACCGCGUCGAGACCGAGCUCGCGAAGUACGGCCUGAAGCCCAUCAAGGUGGACGCCACGCAGAGGUUCAAGGGGCUCGGCGGUGCCAAGCGCGAAGCCAAGCAGAAGUGGAUCAUCCCCAUCGGCAUUGGGAGGGUCCACGCUAUCCAGGAGUACUUCGAGAUCCCUGGUGACAUGGUCGGCCUCACGAGCAGGAAGAACCUGGCCGACUGGAAGACGAACCUCUACGUACGCGAGGACGGCCACUGGGCGGACUUCCAGGAGCUGGGGGUCUACGACAAGGAGCUGGUGAAGCUUCCAGGCGGCCACGCGGGUAUCGACAUCUUCGACUACGACCUGGAGUCGUACGAGACGGAGCCGCUCUUCGAGAAGUUCCGCAUCCACCAGGUCGACCCCGAGCCGGAGGUGUUCCUGGUCGCGGAGACGCUGCAGGAGGUCAAGCCGAACUUCCAGCUGAAGGACGACGCCGACGCGUGGGUCGCAGAGGCCUUGAAGAAUGGCAACAAGGGCAUUCUCAAGAAGAGCACGGUCAAGCGGAUCGACAAGCUCAUGAAGGAGUACGAGGUGAUAUUCGACGUGCUGCGUGACAACUCGGAGACCUUCCUCUGGGAGCUGUUUGCAAAGGAGGCUCGCUUUACUAGAGCGGCCUCGAGAGGUGGUCACGCGAAUGCGACCCCUUCAGAUCUGUCGGUUGGUGUGAAUUUCAAUGACCCCAAGGUUUGUUCCGAUUUCCUGUUCAUGAUCAAGAUUUUCAAGCCUUGGAUGGUUUCAGUCGCGUUUCCUUGUACGCCCUUCACGAACAUGCAGGAGUUUCAGCGGGCGCAGGGUAUGGGCGACUGGGUCGAUGACAUGGUCGAGGAGUUUACGCCACUGGUCAGCUUCUCGGCGGACGUACUUCGACUACAGGCUGAAGGAGGACGAAUCGGUAUCGGCGAGAAUCCGUUGACGAGCCGAGCGUGGAACCAAGAAUCGAUGACGGACCUGAUGAGCUGGAAAGACGACCGGCCACCAUCCUACGACACGGUCACGCUGCACCAGUGCAUGUACGGGCUCGUGGACGAGAACGGGACACCGAUUCGGAAGGCGACGCGCAUGCUGGUACCAUAUGGGUCGUGUUUUCCUUCCUGGCUGGAACGCAGAUGUGACGGAGGUCACGCACAUGCGGAGACGGUCGGCCGGAGCGCGAUGCUCUCGCGAUCGGCUGCGUGGCCGGAGGAGCUCGGCAAGACCUUGGUCAAAGCCGGGACGCACGAGCUGGCGAUGCGCACGACCUUGAAGGAGCUGCGGAUCUGGAACAACGGGGAGAAGAUUCCGAGCCGACCAACUGUGAAUGGAGUUGCGAAGGCAUACAAGCUGAGAAAGGAGUUGAUCGACGUGCGCGUGCUGAGGGGCACCGAGGAGAUACCACUACCUCGAGGAGCUGUACGGCGUAUCUACGCGAUGUACUCCAGCGAGGGCUUGCUGGCCGACUACUCGGAUGCCUACGCGGACGACUUGGAUUUCCAGACGAUCGACCUGGCGGAGAGGUAUCCCUCGGACACGGUCGUGGCGAUCUACGUGAAGGAGCCGAAAGUGCAGACGUCCUACCCUGCGACGGUGUUUGCCUAUGGAGCCACGCCGAAGGAGUUCAAGCCAGACGAUCGAGACGCAGACGCAGUACAUCGAGACCUACACGAAGAGGGGAAAGGUUUCGGGGAUAAGCCCCCGGACAUCACUACGGCCCAGUGGGGCGCUCUUCGGAAGCUCCACUUGAACCUGAGCCAUCCGUCUGCACACGCCCUCAAGCGACGCCUGAAGUCCUACGGGGUGUCGAAGGAGGUGCUCGAAGCGGUGGACAAGUUGGACUGCACCGUGUGCAAGGAGCUGGGCAGGCCGAACACCACGAGGUCAGCCAAUCUGAAGCUCUCGACGGAGUUCAACGAGAACGUGUUCCUAGACGAGGCCGAGGUGAUCCUCUCGGACGGGACGCGGCUGAUGGUCAUGGUUAUCCUGGACGACGCUUCGAGCUUCAGGGUGAUCGUUCCGACCACAGCUGUGCGAUCGAUUACGGGCGAGGAGAGCCUACGGUGCUUCUCGCAAGGUUGGUUGUCGUGGGCAGGCCCUCCGAAGGUGCUCUACUACGACGCGGCGAAGGGCCACAUCACGAAGCGGUUCGCGGAGAUCGGUGACAAGUACAACAUCCUGAUGAGGCCGGUCCCGGCGGAGGCGCCUCAGCUGAAGGGAAGAGUCGAGCGUGCCAUCGACUUCUUCAAGGAUCAUUUCCAGCGCCUGAACCGCGACGUGCAGCUCACGAAGAACGACGAACCAACGGUAUGGGCUUCAGUGAUAGCGAGCACGUGCAACAACCACAUACGACGCAACGGUUUCACGCCCUACCAGUACGUGCUGGGGAAGUCGCCCGGCACUCCGACUUCGCUGAUUGAGGCGAUGGAGGGCGACCAAAGGCAGCUGGCGGCACAGAGCGCGGCACUCUUCGAGGACGGGCCCCGGCGGGCCGAACAGAUUCGUGCAGCGGCGAACCGGGCGUUCUUCGAGCUGGACAGCGACGACGCCGUGAGGAGGGCCACUAUCGGGCGAGUCCGACCGCCACGAGGACCAUUUGUGCCGGGCCAGCUGGUAUUCUACUGGCGUGAGGUGAAGCACGUGAAGUCCAAGAGGCUCCAGGGCGAGCUGGGAUGGCGCGGCCCAGCCAUCGUGCUGGCGACGGAGGGCCACACGAGACUGCACCUGAGUUACCGAGGGGUGCCGGUGCGGCAUGCAUCACGCGAUGAGGCGGAGAUGGUGGAGAACGAGGACCUGGGCUACCAGAAGUACCACCACUACCCGGCGACGGGCCGGGACUUCAAGUACACGGACCAGCAUGCGACCCACCUGCACCUGAUGCAGCUGGGCAGGGGCACUCUACGGACCUGGGCGCAGCUGCUGUGCCAGGUAAUCCGCAUCAUGAACCUGAGCGAGCCGAACAGCCAGGACAGCCAGAACCCACACCACCAAGGGGGUUCAAGAGGCCACUUCCUGAUGACCGGCUGCAAGACAAGGAACGAGGCUGCUAUGCGUUUACCACGGAUUCCUGACGAUCCCAGCGACCUGCCAAUGGGGGACGACAGCGCACUCUACGUCAAGGUGAGCCGCGCGGUGGAGAACCGCACGAGGGAUGCAUUCCUGGCAAGGAGGACUGAUACAGCCAAGAAGCAGGUUGCACCUAAGAAAGGUCGAGAACUACGCAGCAUCCCGGCAGAGUGGAAGGAAGCAUUCGACGCUAGCGACCUGGACGAGUGGCGCAAGUGGAUCCAGUACGACGCCGUGGAAUGGCCGACGGAGGAGGAGCUCGCAGGGGUCGAGAAGACGGACGUCCUGCCGAUGCGGCGCGUCCGGACGGACAAGAACGAGCCGACGAGGGGCAACCUCUCGUACGAGCAGCACCCGCUGAAGGCGAACGAGUUGCAGACGAACGCGCCCACGCUCACGGACACGGCCACGGCGGUGAUUCUUCAGGAGGCGGCCAGCCAGGAGGGCUGGGCGCUGGAGCAGGGCGACGUCGACUCGGCGUUCCUGAAUGGGAAGUACCUCGACAGCUCACGACGUGUUUAUUUUCGAGCUCCCAAGGGCGGUCUACCGGCAGUCCCGGAGAUGGGCUGGCCAUUCGUGCCCGAGGGAACCAUCCUGAAAGCGAAGAAGGGAAUCUACGGGCUGAACGACGCACCCUUACUGUGGUACGAGGAGCACCGCGACACCAUCCUGUCAUUGCCCGGGGCUUCGAGAUCCAAGCUGUGCCCGGCUCUAUUCAUCUUCCACGACGAGAACGGGAAGCUGAUCGGCCUCAUCGGGACUCACGUGGAUGACGACUUGGUCGCGGGCUCGCCCGAGUUCUUCGCGAAUCAGGUGGCGACGCUGAGGAAGAUACACUGCUACGGCAAGUGGCAGUCUGCGCGGACAGGGUUUCACCACUGCGGGCGCUUCCUCAAGCAGAACGACGACGGCACCAUCACGUGCAGCCAGAGGGAGUACACGGAGAGCAUCGGGAAGAUUCCUAUUUCGGCCGAGCGCCGGAGGAACAAGGAAGCGAAGGCCACGGCUGAGGAGAGGGCGUUGCUCCACAGCGGCAACGGCCAGAUCCAGUGGCUGGUGCGCUCUACGCGUAUGGACUUGGCGUUCCGUCUGGUGGAGAGUCAGACGAGGGCUCACGACAACGACCUGAAGGUGCAGGACCUGCUCGACUUCAACAAGCCGGUGAGCGACGCCAAGACAGACCACGUGGACAUCACUUUCCAGAAGAUCAACAUGGACGAUGCGAUCGUGGUGGCCAUCGGGGACUCAAGUCACGGCAACGUGGGCAAGACGAAGACGGCGAGCCAGGCCGGACUGGUCAUCCUGCUAGCAGAUAACAAGGACAACAAGUUCCUGCGCGGGAUGCCUACCAAGAUCACCCCCAUGCUGUGGCGCUCACACCGCAUUAAACGUGUGGUGCGCAGUACCCUUUCGGCCGAGACGAUGGCAGCUUUGGAGGCGGUCGAGAGUGGCGACAUGCUGAGGCAGCACCUGGUGGAACUACACUACGGACUGGGUUACCGGACCCACAUGGAGGACGUCAAGGCGAUUACCAUGGUGGAGGUCACGGAUUGCAAGUCUCUCUACGACCUGCUGCAGAAGCGCGGCACGGUUCCCUCCGAGAAACGGCUGCUCAUCGACAUCGAGGCGCUCAGGAACGACAUCGAGUUCAACAACGUGGUGAGCAAGUGGGUGAACACCAAGCAGAUGCUCGCCGACUGCCUCACCAAGCACGACGUGCGCGCUGGCGACUACAUGAGGUACGUCCUGCAGACGGGCGAGUACCGGCUGACCGAGGACCUCAUGGCGGACCAGGUUAUCCAUAAGCAACGGACGGAGCUCAAGGGACGCAGGGGGGAGUACUACCGCACGAAGUACCCCAAGCGACAGCGACCUGCCGAUCAGCCUUUCGUGCACGAGGGCUACACGUACUUCGAGGACUGCAUCGCAGACUGA